AUGGAAACACGCACUCUCUCAACUCAUAAAUUGUCGAACACUUACUAUGUGAUAAAGGCUCAUGGUCAACACUUCAAGAUAUAUAAGGACUCCUCCUCUCGUGCUGCUGCCUACCGUGUCUGCCUUGAGCAAGGGUGCUACUACGACGCCGACGUGAAAAAGACCUGGGACCAGGCAUGGAAUUACGACCAGCAACACGCCGCCGAGACGCUUGGGGCGGAGGUCAAAGGAGGCCAUACCUAUCGGAAAUAUGCCUACCAGCAGCACGGUGGGGAAUACCUGCAGUAUGGGGGGCUGACCUCUCAGGUGGAAAAGGCCCUCGAGGCGCAGUCGAAUCAUACGGGGAACAACUGGUGCUACUACUUGGGGGAGCACCACAGGGCGCGAGUUGCCCAGGAGAAAAAGGACGGGUAUCAGAGAUCCUAUCUCAUUCGGGACGUGGGCUGUGUGUUGCAGAAUGGAAAGAUCGAGAGACUAGAUGGAAGUAUUGACGACUAG